AUGGAUCCGUGGGCCCCUCGAAAUUCGGCAGCCACCCUCACAGCUGAGCAGCAACAAUUAGUUGAUGCAGCUGUGCAGGCUCGAACGGGUCACUUUGAGUCCAUGGUCGCCCAACUCACCGCACAAGUCAAUUCCUUGAAAGCUUCUGCCAACACCGAUACCCCCAAACCUCAAAAUCAACCAAAAUCGGCUAGAAAAUCCACUGGUAAACAACCUGCUGUGAAGAGCAAACUCCCGACGGCCGCACAAAAUUCCAGCAUCCACAAGAACUCCUUGCCAGCACCACAAAAAGAUCCGUUGAAUGUUACCCCUAAACGAGCAGUUCGUGCGGCCUCAGCUCCCCCGGAAGCCAGCAAACCUAAGGCUAGCACCUCCAAGAAAUCCAAGCCAGUGAAACAGAACUCCCCCAAACGCCACCCUCAACAGAUGCAAACCACCGAUUUUCCCACGGAAUUUACAACAACAAAGGUAUCCCACACUCCAGUCCCUUCCUACUUCCCGCGAUGUCAUCCGCUGUCACCCCCUCAGACUCCGCAUGUCACCCCUCCGACGCCUGUCGGUCCAAGUACUCCUCCGGCCGCUCCUAAGCAGGUCUACCACCGCCGCUUCCGCCUCUGGUCCGCUCCGAACCCCGCUUCUGCCCCUUGGUGCUCCCCGCUCUUUGUAGCCUCUCCGCAGUAUACACUGAACCCCCGUUCCGCAGCCGGCCGUGAUCCCCGGCGUCCGCCGAUGCCCGAAUUCCCCGCAAUACUCUGGGGUCUAUUGAAGCAAGACUCGGUACCUCAAGCCCCUGAAUUACGAAACCUCCAAGAAUUCUACAACCGCUUCUCAAACGGUCAAGAGGUUGAACAAGCAGCACGUGCCUCUACAUCUCCUGCACUCAUUCAAACAGGCGAAGUCCAGCUCUUUCAAAGACGCCACUGGGAGGUUCAAUCAAAUAUGGUAGAUCGGUCAUUCACCUGGGCUCCAACAACGUUCGUUACGCUCAAGGCCUCAUGGUUCGUCUUGGUUACGCACCUGGUGCCCUAA